UCCUGUGUGAAAUAUUCAUGAUUAAUUCUUCAGUUCCACUGUCAGUCUUUCUGGGAACCUUCUCAUUGACACAGUGGAGUCUCUGGUUGACUUCUGAUGCAGUGGUCAGCUUCAUUGCCUUAGGGCUAAGGGUCAUGCUGUAGAAUUAUAUUCGUGUCUUAACUGGUUUUCUCCAUUACUCCACGGUCUGAAUUAAGAGCAGUCACAUUUGACAUUUUGUGUUAUUGGAGACGAACAUUUAACCUGUGUCAACUGUUUUUUUUUUGGCUGUUAUAAUCCCUGAAAUAGUAGCAAUGUUUUCCCAUUAUGAUGAAAUGGGCAGACUGUGUUUAGGACAGGGACCCCAGACGGUGGCAUUAGACAGGAUUUGUAGCAGCUCUGGCAGUCAGGUGGAUCAGCUCAACAACAUUUGGACUCAAGCCGAGAUGUGAGUUUGAGGGAGAAAACAGCAUUGUGCAGAGAUGGUUCGAGACAGAACAAAACGUAUCCAGAUGAAUAUUUCUUGUCAACGAUUUGUAGGAGGUGGCACGUUGGGGUCUGACGUGAACGGAAGAGCCCAGCCCCCGAUAUAAUGUGAGAGAAACAGUCCAGACGCGAUCCAACGGACCGCAGAGCGGGUCUGCGCGGUCGGUGCGCACACGCGUCUAGGCGGCUCCAAGACGCACAGCUGCGCCUGCUGUACACGCAACUGGGCAGCGACUGACGAUCGUUUAUUCGCAUUACUGUAGUCUGGUGCGCGAAUAAAGCGGAGGACCUGGCUAAAUGCUCACGUGGAGACACGUGAAGGCAACGGCAGCCUCUGAGCGCGGAUGAUGGAGACGCGUCGGCGCACGAACCGGUCGCUCUGAAACUCCGCGUCGCGGAGCGGCGGUGGCACGCGGACGCCGCACUGGUCAGUCCAUCCGCGGAUCAAGUCCAGUCGAAGAGGACCAACGGGAAUCAUGAACUUGUCGGAGUCCGCGUGGCUCUCGGAAGAGCCGUGGAACAUCAGCGCGGCGGAGGAGGACGACCAGAAACUUUUGUUCGGGAUCGGCACGGAUAAUUUCAUCACGCUGCUGGUUUUCGGGCUCAUCUUCACGCUCGGGGUUCUGGGCAACUCCAUGGUGAUCACCGUGUUGGCCCGGAGCAAGCCGGGGAAGCCGCGGAGCACCACCAACAUCUUCAUCCUCAACCUGAGCAUCGCGGACCUCUCCUACCUGCUCUUCUGCAUCCCCUUCCAGUCCACCAUCUACAUGAUGCCGACCUGGGUCCUGGGCGCAUUCAUUUGCAAAUUCAUCCAUUACUUCUUCACGGUGUCCAUGCUGGUGAGCAUCUUCACCCUGUCCGCCAUGUCCGUGGAUCGCUACAUCGCCAUCGUGCACUCCAGAAAGUCCUCGUCCAUCCGGGUGGCGAGGCACGCGGUGAUCGGGGUGCUGGUGAUUUGGAUGCUCUCCCUGGCCAUGGCUGCGCCCAUCAUGUACUACCAGAACAUCUUUCACAGGGGGGAGAAUCACACCUUCUGCUGGGAAGUGUGGCCGGAUCAGAACCAGAAGAAAGUCUACGUCGUGUGCACGUUUGUGUUCGGUUACGUCUUGCCUCUGCUGCUGAUUUCCUUCUGUUACGCAAAGGUUUUAAAUCACUUGCACAAAAAGCUAAGAAACAUGUCCAAAAAGUCAGAGGCAUCAAAGAAAAAGACGGCCCAGACGGUUCUGGUGGUGGUGGUGGUGUUCUGCCUCUCCUGGCUCCCUCACCACGUGGUCCACCUCUGGGUGGAGUUCGGGACCUUCCCGCUGAACCAGGCCUCCUUCGUGCUGCGCGUGGCCGCCCACUGCCUGGCCUACAGCAACUCCUCCGUCAACCCGGUCAUCUACGCCUUCCUGUCCGAGAACUUCAGGAAGGCCUACAAGCAGGUGUUCAAGUGCCAGAUCGGCGCCAGCGACUCCCCGCUCAACGACAUCAAGGAGAUCCGCAGCAAGGUGGACACGCCGCCGUCCACGAACUGCACCAACGUGUGAUGAUGGGGCGGAACUACGGCGAGUAGAAGACUGAUUCCACCUUCAAAAAGUUCGGGGACACUUUAAAAUCGCAGACUUCGGCAGCGGAAUGAAGGAAUCCAGACAAAACACACACAUCCCAUCUAACAGCUGACGCGCCGCUGGAGCGCUGCGCUGUCGCCUGCCGUCCAUCUGUUUUCCACAAGCUAUUAUCGCGCUCGCUUAAAGUGUUUUGUUCCACAUUUUAACUAGGCUCAAAACCAAUGGGGCUGUGAUUUCACUCUUCUUGUCUUUGACUGUGUUUCCUUUUAGGAUAAAGUGGCCGUUUGAAUAAAUCACUACCUUUUUUUUUAGAACUGCCCAACGUCUGAAUAGCUGUGAUUAGCUGCUGCUGUACAGCCGUCGCGCUCGGAGGCAUUCAUUCUAAUUUGGUUGUAAAUAAUGUGGACGUUGGACGUUAUUUAUACCUGGGCUUCAACAUGAGAUAAAAUAAACGUGGUUGUUGUUUGCCUCUUGCCAAGUUUCCACACAACGCUUUCUCCUCGGUGUAGGUGAAUCUUACAGAGGCAGGGACGGUGAAGGAGACUACGGACUGAUUAGAAGCAACUUCAUCCACAGGAGGAUCUAAUGGCUGCAAUUACCUGACUCUCAGCCUCGCCGUGAAGAGUCAGGAAUCGUUCCCAGAAUGCAACGGAGGCGCCUCACUGUGGCAAUGGCCUGAGAAAACGCUAAUCAGGGGAGUGGAAAGGACACAGUGAGGUUAUGGUGGAACAAUGACUGACAGAGUGGCACCGGCGGACCAUCACGGCUCCAUUGUUAACGUCGGAACACCGAUACAAAAAGCUCAUGGGCACAUGGGAGAACUUUUCCCCAGUCGUCACCCAUAGCAACCCAUCACUGUUUAAUGGGAAAUGUCUGUGAUGGACUGGUGACCCAUCCAGGGUGUAGCGAAUGGCUCCAGAACCUCUGUAGCCCAGAAUGGAUUACAAAGUGCCAUAGGCGGUACAGUACAGGACCUUUGGUAUAUUAUUUACAAAGGAUCCACAUUUGUACAGGUUCCAGUGGUUCAUACGUUCACUGAGGUCGUCCUGGUUUGACGUUCUGUAUUACUUCAGCAGUGGAUUCAAGUAACUGAUAAAAGAAAUCAUUUUUAUUCUGUUGCAUCGUUUGAGGAGCAAUUCUGGCUCGUUGUACUGCAGUAGUAGUAGUAGUAGUAGUAGUAAUAGUUCAUUUUUGAACGAUCCAGUAUUAUAAAGUAAAUAGGUCCCCGCUUUUGAAUGCGUCUUUAUGCAGCUCUAAUUACACUGUAUGAUGAAGCUCUGUGGCAUUUUUUUGUUUCCUUUUCAGUCAGUACAAUAAUCUUUUCAGACAUAAAAGAAUAAAAGGUUGUCUCAUGUCA